AUUGAUUUGUUUAUGCCUCUCUGUUGUAUUCACUUCAAUUAAUAUAAAAUUUGCUUUCCAAUUUUGCUCACUUUUGAAGGAAGUCCAGUUUCUUUGCUAUCUUGCAGUUGUUGCUGGUGAUUUAAUUCAACAUGUCGUCUCUAAGGAAUGCUAUCAGUAGACGAGCUCACAAAGAAAGAUCUCAACCGCAUUCAAGGAGAAAAUUUGGUCUUCUUGAAAAGCACAAGGAUUAUGUCGAGCGGGCACAAGUUUUUCACAAAAAGGAGCAGACUUUGCAGAAACUUAGGGAAAAAGCUGCUUUCAGAAACCCAGAUGAAUUUUACUUCCGGAUGAUGAAAGCAAAAACUGCUGAUGGAGUCCACAAAUUAGAGAAUGAGACAAACAAAUACAAUGCGGAAGAGCUUAUGCUUAUGAAGACCCAAGAUAUGGGAUAUAUUCUUCAAAAAUUGCAGAGUCAGAAAAAGAAACUUGAAAAGCUUACUGCCGUUCUGCACUCUCUUGAUAGUCAGCCAUCUAAUAGACACGUUUACUAUGCUGAAGACAGGGAGGAGGCUAAAGAAAUACAAUCACGUUUAAAGAAAAGGGGAAAAAUGCCUACUUCUGAUAAUGUUUUCGAUGAUGAUAUUAGAAGCAAAACUGCUGUUUCCUAUAGAGAACUGGAAGCAAGGAGGAAUAGAGUGAGUCAGUUGGAGAAACUCUAUAUGGAUAUGGCAUUGCAGAAGGAACUACAGAAAAAGGGCCGGAAGCGCAAAUUACGUGAAGAUGAGCUUGCUGGUCCCACUUCUAAACCAGUAUACAAGUGGCGGUCAGAACGGAAGCGUUGAGAAGGUGUUUGGUGGGGUUUUUAUAAGGAUGCUUCGCAUCUAAAAGAGCAGAAGGCACCAGCAUUUUGUUUGUCAGAUUGGAGGAGUUUCAGUUUUUCCUUAAUUUUGUAAAGUAGCUUGUGCAUUUCUUGCGGCUUUUCAGAAACAAUGAUUGUCCAAUCAUCUGAGAAUUCUCAUAUUUUU